GUGCUGUCUUCCCAAUCACCGUUGAGGGCGUGUGUGUGUGUGUGUGUGUGUCCGUGUGGGCCAUUACAAAGGAAAGACAAUACCUGAAGUGGCCCACGUCGAAAAUUCCACUCAGCAUCAAGAAAGCAGCAGUAGCAAAAAAAGGUUGGAACACAUCAUCGUUUUGGAGAUUAGCAUCGUUAUUACUUCUAAUUGUCUGCUUCUUCUCUCUCCAUAGCAUCGAAUUGCAGAAGAAGCUCUGAUCAUCCAUUACACACUCACACACAGGCAUGCGUGUGUACCAUCAUGACCGACCCAUUUCUAGAAAAUGACGGCAGCAAUCUACUGGAGAAGGAGAUGAGGCAGCUCCGGCUAGAAAACCGCGAGUUGCGCCUCACCAAUACAAACCUGCGAGCACGACUCGCCCUCGCGACCCCCACGGCGUCGGUAGACGGCGACGCACGCGGAGCACGUAUUGUCGGUGCUGGAGCAGGUCGUGCCAUGACGAACAGCGAAGCCGAUCAGCAUGGAGAGGAGGAGGAAAAACCGUGUGAGUCCGCUGCCAUUCGCAGCAGCGCAGACAGGACCACCGCGCCGUUGCCGCAGAGUCGUCGUACACGCGGCAUCCCGUCAUCGAACGCCACCGACUCCUCUGCGCAGGUGACCGCCGCGCGUGUUCAAGAAGCGGUGCAGCAGGCGAAGAAGGAGCUGCAAGGAGAACUGGAUAAGCAACACAAAGCUGCCGCGCUAGAGAAGGCUCAGAAGGAGCAGCUGAAGCGCGAGUUCGAGCUCUUCGUCAGCACCACGUGUGAGCGCGAAGCCGCCUACCAGCUUGUGUACACGCAGCUCUAUCGCGAGAUGGAGGCACAGAAGGAGCUAGUGCGCAGCGCACAGGCACAACUGGAGGAGCAGCGGCUGCAGUCCGUGGAGAUGCGCAAGUCGAUGGAGGCUGCUAUUGCUACCGCUGCAAGCAAGGGUAACAGUGGUGGCGGUGGUCCUGCCGUCGCCCCUCCUACUGCCUCCUCCUCCGCAGCGGCUGUGGAGUCUGUUGGCGACGACUCGAUGGUGCCGUCGGCGAAGCGGCAGCGCACGACAAAAGAGCCGGUCAACGCACCACCCACACGGCAGCAGAUAAAACGUCUGCCAAAGGAUCUCAACUGGUUCGAUUUGGCAGGGGGGACCCCGGCAGCGCCGUCUGACGACGUUGCGAUGCAGAAGGCGGAGACGGAUUCCGCGGGGCCGCGUCAGCUGAAGAUCAUCGCAGGUGGCGCGUCUCUCCGCAACGCGCACAAGGUGCAGAAGAUGAAACGGACGCGUGACACGGUGAGUGAGACGUGCGGGCCUGGCUCCGCUCCGUCUGCCCGUGGGUCGGCACGCAAUGCCCCCACGGGCCUGCACGUUCCUGUCGCCCCGGUGUUCGCGAGUGCGUCCGCCGCGGCAGCGGUGGAUGGCAACAGCAGCAUCACUGUUGGCUCAAGGAGUGUGAACAAGCACCUCGACACACGAGCACCGUCUGCUGCUAUUGCUCCUUCCCCUUCUUCCCCCUCCUCUUCCUUCGCGCACGGUCCUGCCAGUGCGGCAGUGGAGGCGCUGUGGCGACUGCUGCCGCAGCACACGGAGGCGACACAGGGCUUCCUGCCGCUGUGGCAGCACCUCGUCGUCUUACGCGGCACCGACCGCCACUCCGUUCUGCAAGUGUUGGUGUCCCUCCUCGUGCACCUACUAAGCCCCGAUGUGGUGGUAGGCCCUGCUUCCCCGACUACGCGAAGGUCGCAGCCCCCAUCCUUUGCCUCCCUGCCGAAUUCCUUUACCUCUCAGGCCACCUCCAUCACCGUGGUGGCCACCGCCAUCCGCCUCAUCGCGGUGCAGCUCGAGGACGCGGCGCAGCAACAACGCGACACCGCAGCGGCACAGCCGCAAACGAAGAUGCUGCUCAGCUCCCUCUUCUACCGCGUGUGUGUGGCGACGCUGUGCCGCUGGCAGGCCGUCGAUAGCGCUUGGGAGGUCCUCGAGCACUGGGCCAUGGCGAUACACCACCUCUACGGCUUCCAGCCCGCGCUUCUGCAGUUGAUGCACUACACCAACACCACCACCGCCUACCACCGCACCCGCCUUGGGCACAGCUGGAUCGUGUACACGGCGCAGUGCAUCUUCUCGCAGUGCUGCACGGCUGCUGCGUCGUCGGCAAUGCCGGUGGAGACGGCCGUCGCGCGGUGGCGUGAGCUGUGCGACAGCCUCGGCUGGAGUGCGCACGCCCAGACACUCGAGCGGCUCGAGACGGCGGCUGCGCGCUGCGUGGCGAUGACACGCGUAGGCAGUGGCCCCUUCACCCCCUCCUGCGCGGAGGAGGCGCUGCUGUCACUCCGCCUUGUUGUGUUGUAUAAAGGCUUCGACCACAUGGAGCAGAUCGCGAAGCUGCUGGAGCAGCCCGGGGUGCUGCCCAUGGCCCUUACGAAGGAGAUCUAUGCCGAACUGGUCAGUCUUGCCGUGCGGGACCGUGUCCCGUUUCGCACGCAAGAUGCUCUUCACCACGCUCUGCGCCUGCUACGGGAGUACCUGCUGGAAGUCGCCCCCGAGCGCUGCACCUCGGCGGAACACUUCGUCAGCGCCCCACGUCGCAGUCACGUCUUGGCCGCACUGGCGCUGCUGCGUGUAGACGCAACGGAAGAAACAGAAGCGUCGUCGCGUUCGUCUGCGUCCGUCGUCGGGACACAGGGCUACGCGGCGACGGCGGCCAGCGAGGUGCGAGAGUCGGGGAGGAAAGCGGCGCUGCAGUGGCUGCAGGCACAAACGGUGGCACUCGAGGUGGUGCGUCAGAGCCGUUCCCUGGCCCCUGAUCGGCCUCUGCUGUUGCGAGACACACCGUUGGGCCGCUUUCUGUUGAGUGAAGCCGACGCAGAUUGA